ACGGCGGCGGGUUUCGCCGCGCGGAGCGGCGCGAUGCGAUGCGGCGGGAGCCGGGCGGCGGGGUCCCGGUCCCGGUCCGGGUCCGCUCGGCCCUCGGCGGAGAGGUGCGGCGGGCCCGCCGGGACGGGAGAGCGCGCGCUGCGCUGCCUCAGACCGCGCGGGGCAGCGGCGGAGCCCGCGGUUCGAGCCCCGGCGCUGCCGCCCGCCCGCGAUGCCGCCGCCUGCGCUGCCCGGAGCGCCGAGAGGGGCCGGCCGGAGAUUUUCCGGAGGAGCUGCCGUCGCCUCGCCGGGAAGCUGGAGCCGUGGGAAGCAGUCGCAGCGCGGCCUGUCCGUCUGCUCGCUAGGGAUUUGUUAGAAGGAACCCAGGCGAUGAGGCGAGUAAGGAAGUCUCGCCAGGUGCGGGCACCAAACGCCAGCGUGCACCCGAAUCCAACGGCUGCAAAGACACUGCGUUUCAAAUGCACCCAGAGCAAAGCGUGGCGGCUGCAGGAUGUCCCGCGGGAGCGAGGGCAGGCACCGCGCUGCGGCACGUUCCUCCUGGCUGGUUGCAAAUCUUUCUGCAGCAAAUUGGAAACAGCCAGAUUCCAGCUGAGAUCAAAGUCCGGAGGAUUCACUCGUGAUUUCCAGUAAGGCUUCUUUAAGGUACCUGAAGUAGCCGAAGUGGCUGGUGUCCAGAAGGCACAAACACCGGUGUAUGGCAACUGAAGCAGCGGUGUGCGUGGCGAGUGAAGCAGCCGGGCCGUGUGCGGGUGAUGGACCCUCCUGCGCCCCUGCAGCGCCUCCUCUGCCGAGCCGGGAGCCUGUGGGCAGAACCCGCCCUGGUUGUUGUCCCAGCGCAGUGUCCAGGGGCCGCUGCCCUCGGCCUGCGGUUGUGCAGGAUGAACAGCAGGCAGGCAGCACGUAUGUGCUACUUAAACACGUGUGGCCAGUGGCCGCGGUCCCACUGCCCAGAUGUAUGGCUGCUCCGGGGCGCUGGGACCUCCCUCUCUGCUGCGGUAGACACUUCUAUAAUUAGCUCAGUGGCAGCUUUCCAUAUGCCAACCCUCGUGACUGCAGGACUGUUUAAUUUUCACUUCUCUGAAGUAUUUAAUUUGUCAGCUGUUGGCUUCUAUUCAUUAAAGCCCAAACCUCGAAGUCCUGCCUUGAUUUUUGCUCCGUUAGGGCUGAAGCACGGAUCCUACCUGAACAGACCAUUAUACCUGUGCAGAAUCAGAGGCAGGAUAAGGUCUUGAAUCCAGCAAGUCAUUCACUAGUAGGUUAAUCAGUAGAAACCUCUGUCUUUAGAGGUGGGCGCCCAGUCCCCCUUCUUGUGUUGGCUUCUGUUCAGAGAGAUGAGGAAUCAGCUCUGCUGCGAGUGCCGCCUGCCUGCGUUUCGGCGCCUGCCCGAAGAUGUGGUGCGCUUGCCAGAGCCUGUCUGCAGGUGCUGGUGCUCCGCCGGUGGUGGAGGAUGGCUGCUGCUGUGCGAUAAUCACCCAGCAAUUCGCUGCUGGGGGCCUCUCUUUAAUUAUUGAAUGCCAGAAUAGAUGUAUAUUGAAUUACCUUGCUGGCAAAUAUCAUCUCCAGCAUCUUGGGUAACUCUAUAAUAAUCUCAGUUUUCCUGCUUGCAUAACAUGAAAUCGUCCAAGAAUCUUAAAAAAGUCAAAAUAUAUUUUAAUAUAUUGCUUAUAUAGCAGUACAUUUGCAGAGAAUAAUGAGCUGCACCCUGGCUCUAAAGAUGGGCUUCCCUGGCCGUCAGUGGCGAGCGCUCACUCGUUUGAAGUCAAGCCUGCAUUGGGUGCACAGCAGAAUGUGCCUGGUGCAUGAGCAAACCAACCAACAAAAAGCCCUCAACCCAGGGUGGUUCUGCUCCUGGUUCCCUGCAGGGUGGGGCUGGUCACUGGCCUUGGGUGGCUCGUUGCCACGGGGUUGCCCGCAGCACCGGCGCCGCGGUGCACACCGGGAUGCGCCGGCUCUGCAGGGCCUGGCUGGAGCCACCUGCGGCAGCACGGGAAGAGAAUCCACAUACGAAUUUGUCAUUUCCCAGCUUGCUGAGAUGCCGGCAAAUGCCAGUGCUCCCCCUCAUCACUCCUCCUCUGUCCUGCUGUGACGCACCCGCUACAGGCGUCAGAUCUGUCAGCAGCGCUGGGGAAAUCUGCCGCAGAUCCCUUGACCUUUCGUUCCUGUGAAAUCCUCAGGAUCAUGCAGUCUGCAGUGCUCACAGGCAUGAUACAGUUUUUAUAUUUUUUUUUAUAUAUAUAUAUAUAUAUUUUUUUUUUCUCUCUCUAAAUGUGGCAAGAAAAAAUUGUCAUUCCUUAUUUUGCAAGAGAAAUAAACCAUGCCUUCUCAUUUUCCAAACCGUGCUGAAUCCCGAAUAAUCCUGGAAACAAUUUUAGAAAGAAAGGAAGAAUAUUACACAAUGGAAGGGAAGGCAUUACUGCGGUUAAUCGGAGAUUUUCGCCACUGACGAGUUCCGGAGCGAUCCCUGCUGGCGGGGCCGGGGCCCCUUUGUGCCCGCGUCCCAUGCGGCAGCCCGGCGGCCCGGCGGGGCGGGUUUGUGCCGCAGGCGCGGCUGCAGCGGGCUGCUGAGGGCAGAGCUCCAUCUGCCGGUGCACAGGCACAACGCGGGAAUAACGGGCGCGGCCCCCCCGCCACUCGGAAGCUGCCAGAUGCGGUACUGCUGGCUUUUUUCUCUUUUCCUGUGCUGUGGCUGAGAGGCCUCGGCUUCCCACCCGGUUCGUGCCCGGAGCCCGCGGUGCGCAGCGGGGCCGGUCCCGCUGGGCCGUCACACCGGGCGAGGCAGACAAGGGGUCCGGGAGCAGGCGCACGGAACCGAGCGGCCGCUCCGCGCACAUGGCCCGACCCUGUGCCGCCCGCUGCCCUGGCCGGGGGGGCUCGCCCUCCAGAACGCGGUGGAGGUUCCUGGGCUCGCAUGGGACCGCAGGAGCAGCAAAAGCUCUAGAUGGCACAUGGUUCUGCGGCUUUUUGUUUGGUUUGUUCUGAAUUCACUGAGCCUGAGCCAACAAGGUAUUCCUUGUGCAAGUGCACACAGGCGUUUCUUUGAGAAUUGAGCCCUGCCUAAAACCCAGGUCCCUCUUCUCCAGAGCCUGGGAUGCCACGAGGGCUGUGAGCCCUGAACCGAGCUCUGGGCAUGAAUCCUGCAAGCAAAUUCCAUCCUCGAGACUUUCAGCUGAAAUCCUCCUCUCUGCACUUCGGAUUAUGCUUUCAAUAGUGGCAGCGCAUGCUCAGAACUGAGCGUUUUGCACUGGCCCCUGUCUUUGUGACAGGCUGAAUUAGGACCCACUGUUGGAGUGCCGGCUGUGCUGGCCUGAGAUAUGUCACAUGUAGCCAUUGCUGGCCAGUUCGAGUAGCUCCUAAAGGACAAUGUGUGCAACUUAGUUCUAAAAAAACCCAGAUAUUGCAGGAUUUAGAAACUUGGAAAAAACAGUAAUUUUUCUUGGCAAGUGAAUAGCUGGUAGUAAAAGCGCAUUGUUACUUUGCGCUUGUCAGAAGUGUCUGGAUUCGUAGGUUUCCACAGAAAGCUUAACUGCAAAUUGUUCUGCACCGAUGUCAGGAGGAGUUUGUGCUUAUGUUACAUGACUGAGAGCUCAGCUGGAGUUGUGUGAGCAGAUAUUUCGGGUUUGAGUUCGGCCUGGCAGAAGAUAGAGCCCAGCGCAGUGCCCAGCGUUUCCAGCUUUGAUAGGAUGACCGCAGCCCCACGUCUCCCAGAGCUUUUUACUCAGCCUCACUGGAGAAGGGAAACUGAUGUAAAGAGAAGCCAGUGUGAGAUAUUGUUUCAACUGGGAAAGAGCAUCAGGGGGACACACCAUCCGCACACUGGACCGACCCAGGCUGCGACAGCCCGGCCCGGCUCGGCCCAGCGGGGCAGCGGCCCCUCGGCGAGAUCAGCACACGUGAGGGUUCCAGCAGCACAGAUACGAACCCACUGGACUCUGCCCAAGCCACGUGCCAGAGCUGGUGUCGGUGCAUGGCGAACCUGUCCCGUUUGGAUCACGUGUCGCUGCCGAAGCGCUGUCCUCACAGACUGACACCGACUGUGUGUUCGGGACCCUUGUUCCAUGCUCAGAGAGAAAGUUUCUGACUUCUUUUUCCAAAAGCCUACGCUUGUUGUCUCCCACCUUCCCGGCACACAGCACUGAAGAACCUGGUGCCAUGUCCUCGCUACCCUGUCUGUGCUGGGCAGCUGCUGUUGGGCCUCCUUGACAGUCUCCGUUCUCCAGCUCCAGCCCCUCAGCCCGUCCCAAGGGUGAGUGCUGCAGCCCCAUGACCGUCCUGGGCGCCGCGGAGCUCGCUCCCGUUUGCUGGUGUGGAUGAAGGCUUGUCCCGCAGUCACGACCCGAUCAGUGCUCCGUGCUAAAGCCGCUGGUUCCGCGGCAGAGCGGGCUCGUGGCAGCGACCGCAGAGGGGUCGGUCUGGGCCGAGCGGGGCCCGCGCGGACGGGGAGGGAGUGGUUGUUCAUUUGAGCGUUUCAGCAAGACGAGGCUGAAAGGUAUGAAGUCUGGUGAUUUACAAAGGAAAACCAGGGUUACAGGGUUCCUACCUGUGUGCAAGGUGUGUGAGUCAUGGAAAGAAGUAGCACACGUUACACAUUCUACAGGGUGAAGUCAUAUGAACUUGUCACUUGGGGUUUUUUGUACAUAAUGCAAGUCCGUGUCAGAUUCCUGUUACUGACUUCAUUUCCCAUCCCACAGCUCGUCCCUGUGAAUACUGGCCAGAGCAAAAUCCCAGAUGUAACCGCUGUUUUCAGUUCCGCUGACGUGACCUAAAUGCACGUUGCUGUGCAAAACCUCCCGCGGUGAGCGGGGCAGACAGAGCGUGGCUCGCGGGCCCCAGGUGCUGUCCUGGAGCGCCGCGCUGACCCAGCUCUAGUCCAGCAGCGCUGGAGCCGCUGCGGCUGCGGGGUGAGCGGCACCGCCUGCGGGAGCCUGACAGCCGACCGGCAGCACCCUGCUGCUGCCGCGGGGCUGGGCUGAGACACCCGGGGAAGGUUGAACCAGAGGUGUGGGAGGGAACUGAAACAUCUCCCGUCUCCUUACACAACUUUCUCUCCAGCUCUCCAAGUUUCUGCUGUGCAUCACCUCCUGCUCUGCGGACACAAAGAGUAUCAGCUCAGAAAUCCUUCAGUAACUUAACGCUCAAAUUCACUUUCCGCCCAUAUCCUGUGUGGUGUCAACGCAGCUGCAGAAGUGCAGAAGCAACAUAGUGCAACACAUAUUAUACAACGCACAGCUAUAAACUAAGGAAUUUGGAUAUGUCAGCGUUCUUGAAAAGAGCCGUUUCAAAUAAACGAGUAUGUCUGUGCCGCCGUGCACAUUCAACUCUAAAACGUCUGAACCCCCGCUCUGCUGCUCGUGUGUACAUUGCUAUCGCUUAACUGUCGUAUUCUUACAGAGCUCACCACCAACGUGCCCAUAUGCUAAAGCUACCAUACUGCGUAUUUACUUACCAUUAUAGAAGUCUUUUACCGCAUGAGUAAAUACUUCAAUAUUUACACAGGUUAACUGUGGUAUUGGUCUACGCAGAAUGAAAAUACAGUUCCAUGGCACUGUUGUUCUGUAUUUCAGCAUCGUAUUUCCACCAUCGGUUUGUUCGGACUGGUGUGUGUUCGUAGAGAUCUCGAUGAUGGGAUAAUCUUUCAACUGGCGCAGACGGUGACGGGCAGAGUCCCCCUUGUCACCCUGGGGGAAACUGAUUCACUGAACACAGCGUGGGGGUCAGACCGGGAGCUGCGCCCGUGUGCAGCGGGGACCCCAGGGCAGCGAGCGCAGCGCCCUGUCCCGGAACAGCCCCAGGGCCGCCCGCACCCUCACAGCCGCGUUUGCUCAUCCUUUCCCUCAGAAAACCUCUGUUUCUAGUUCAGAUCGUGUGCUCAGCUUGUUCUGCGCUGGCUGACACACCCCAGCGUUCAGUUCACACCUCUGGAGAGCACAGACCUGCAGCUCGCGGGAAACGUCCCCAUCGAGGUGUCCGAGGCCCGAAGGACCCUCCAGACCUUUCGGAGCUGUGUCUGAUCCACGGUACGGCACUGCGCAACCUGCGAUUCUGUGACAGAGAACAACACUGAUUUAACUGAGCGUCUCUGCCCUUUGUUAUUGGCAGCGGAUGAGAAGAAAAAAUCAGCUCCGACAUAAUUAGAUGGAGAAAUGUCCUGAAACUUGAAACAGGGCAUCUUCGAUCUGGACAGCGCUCGAUUCGGAGCAGGACGUGAAAUCUGAGUGCCUCACGGAGCGGAAAAACCGGAAACCGGAUGGCGUUUAUAGGGUCGUCAUGAUGCAGACAGAAGGUGCUGAUGCUGAAAGAGUAGGAAAUUCAGAAGGAACCUUCUCCCUUUUCCUUCGGCUGAUCUUUUCUUUGCAGGCCACGUCUUCUAAAAAUUGUGUGUGACUUCUUGCCGAAAAAAGCCCCAAACUCCCACACUGGAGAGGCCACAAUAAAGGCGCUUACGAGCUGAAUCGAUCACAAUGUCCAUUACUCUGCUGUUGAAGUUAUCUGUGGAGUGUGCACAUCGGCAGCGCGGGCGCUGCUGGCCGGGGAGGAGCUGGGCACCGCUCCCCGUGCAGGAACCAGCCCCCCUCUGCUGCCGAGAGGGGACCAGACAAGUGUGAGAUACACUAGUGCACAGAGAAAUAGUCCACGGAUUUUCACAGAGCAAAUCUCCUCGGACAUGUUGGAUAGUAUGUCACAUCAUUUCUCAUUUUAUCAGGGCGGCUCAUUCUCAAAUGAAUGCAAAAUAUCUGUUCAGGUUUGUGACCACAAUGUUGGAAGCACAAGGAAGCCUUGCGGGUCCCUUCAGUUGAAGAGGUUAAUGAAAUAAAACACGUGUCCCAGCGUGCGAAGCGUUCAGAAGCUGCCUCGGCAUCCCAGUCGUCACUGGCCCUGUCCAAGUGUGGCGACUCCUGUUCCCAAACCGGGUUCUGGUGGGAAUCCUGCUCGAACGAGGAUUCCAAGCUCGACUCCAGCGUUCCGUUGUGCCUGCUGGUGUUCAUUCCAGUUACCCCGCUCUGUCCAUCUUCGGUGGAGAGCAGUACAGCCCCAAGACUGAAUUCCACGUGAUCUUUGUGCUGUUCGGUGAGUUUAGCCACAGUAAGGAAGUCAUAGCGUCGCUUCUAAUUCUGUGACUAACCAACCAGCCAGAGAACUGCCCUUUGUGACCUCACAGAACUACUUUUUUGGGUAGUAUCAUUAAAUGUAUUUGUUUUUCAUGACCAAAAUGUCUUUGUUCCUUCUUUACGGCUUUAUAUGUCGUGCUACAGGAGAACAGCGAGUUCCUCUUUGGAGGAGGAAGGACAGCAAUUCACUUUCUUACCCAUCAAUACAGAAUUGUUCCUAGUAACUGGCCCAGCCCUUAGCUCGUUUACCACAGCAAGGUGACCACUAAGGAAAAGCGUGCUCAGUGACGGCAACGGGCAGACCAGAAACCAUCGCUUGUUUUCCAUGUUCUCAGGACAUUAUUAUUUACUUUUUGCAACCAUUACUGUAAGGUAAAUGCCAUUGAUAUAAAUAGAAUAUAGAAUUAACAGCUGUACCUGCGACUCACUGCAUGAUUAAAUCGACCCUUGUUAAGCAGAAUGAGAAACAACUGUUGCUUGUUAGAGUGAACUAGAAGAAAACAUCUGCCUUUCUGCAGCAGGAUACCGUGGUGUGGCACGGGCCGGCUCUGGCCGUGGGGCCUGGUUUUCUCGUCGGGGUGACUCUCGUGAGCGGGGAACAAAGGUUUCUUUCUGACAAGUGUUUUCUCCAUUCUCUCGUAUAAUGUAUUUGCUGAUGGUCACAAAGGCCGGUGUGAAGAGGACUCGUGUGCUCCUGUCUGGCUGACACCAGCUGCAAAAGAAAGCCAGUUACCACUUUUCCAAAUAGCACCGUAUAUAUGAAUCUGUUUUGGAUCUAACGUAUUUAUGUGACUGUGGUUAGUGCUAAUGGGUGGGGAAACAGAGAGCGCUAAUUAGGGGACGGUUUGGUGGUGUGAAGGUGAAAUCCUGUUUGCUUCUGAGAUGCCUCUUGCCAAGGCUGUAGAUGGAUGUUACAGGGCAGGGGAGGCGGGACGCGGCGUCCGGGCCCCUGGUGUGCGUCGCACAGCUCAGCGCCGCUGCCGCUGCCGCUGCCGUCCCGCAGCUCGAGCCACGCGAGGCUGGUUCUGCUCCCGCUCGGGGUGCGUAGCGUGUCCUGUGCAGAUCCCGCCAUCCCGCCGCGCUGACCCCGCGCGUGUUUGCACGGCUUGUGCAGAUCCCACCGCGCUGACCCCGCGCGUGUUUACACGGCUUGUGCGGAUCCCACCGCACUGACACCGCGCGUGUUUGCACAUCUUGUGCGGAUCCCACCGCACUGACACCGUGCGUGUUUGCACGGCUUGUGCGGAUCCCGCCGCGCUGACCCCGCGCGUGUUUGCACGGCUUGUGCAGAUCCCACCGCGCUGACACUGCGCGUGUUUGCACGGCUUGUGCGGAUCCCGCCGCGCUGACACAAAUUGUGCCUGUUCUUUUAAUUGAGUUUAUAGCAGAAGUGUUCCAUUAUAAAUAAUCGUAAUAACAACACAAAACGCAGAUCAUCAUAAACAACUAUUGCUUGUCUACUUCUAACACUUUUGUUUUUGCCGAGCAGUCUCUCAGUUUCACUAAUAACAUUAUUUCAGUGGUUUCACUGGAGCUACUUACGUAAAUUUGAAAACAAAAAGAACAGCAGAAAGCCGGCGGUUUCAGGGCAGACCUGGGGUUUCCGUGGGCCGCAUCGGCGCGGUGGCUGCCGGGCGUCUCGGUGCUGCGGGGUCGCGCUGUGCCGCCCCCGUGCAGGCUGGCCAGCGCCGCAGGACCCGGCCACGCGGCCGUGCAGAACACGACCUCCGUUUGGAGCCGGGGAGUCCAGCAGCGCAGUGCAGAACCCGUCCUGCUUCUGCAGAGACGCGGCAGCUCUGGUGGAACGUGAGGGUCAUGUAGCAUGUUUAUGCAAAAAAAAAGGCCAGAGAACCAGCUUUGGCUAAUCAGUGUCCCACAUGAUACGGCAGCAAUAGAUCUGUCAAAAAUUACUCAGAAUCUAAAUAUAUAGAGGUUCCCACACACCUUUAUUUAUCCAGAUGUAAUCUGCGCUCCUGACCGCGCUCGGCCGGCCAAAGGGGAGGCGACCCCGCGCUGCCGCGGUGCAGGGGGCGCAGCGCCGGCUCGCCCGUGAGCACCAGCGGCUCGCGGGUCCCAGCGCGGGCGCGUUGUCCCGGGCAGCCCUGCGCUCACGCGCCGUGCGCGGCCACCGGGGCUCCCGCCACCUCUGUUCAAACGGGCACUCCAGUAUUACUGAGGUGCAGCCGCUCUAACGUGUGCUCUGCUCUCUCAGCCUAAAACCAGGCAGUCUUCCUGCUCCGCGCUUCCUCCUGUGCUGCAAACAUUAGAUAAGGAUCCCCACUGUAGGAACUCAGUCCUGACCUGUCACUGUAGAUCAAGCCACGCCACAGGUUACUUAAAGUACCUGACUGGCCAUCUGAGAUUUGUAGACAUCCCCUUCAACCUAAACAACAUCCAAUGCUGAUUAAAAAAUAAAUGCACUGCUCUCAUUCAUGGUUUUAACACAGAGAUAAUUGCUAUAGAUGGUUAAAGACCUAAAUAAUUGUUUAGACACAAAGUGAUUACUUACUGUUCAAAGAAUUAUUCAGGAAAAUGAGCCACCGAGAUUCCAGGAAAUGCAGCGAUGAAUUACUGAAACGUGCCAUUAAAACACACUCCUGCCAAACAGGAAGAUUUAAGACGUACAAAGUGUAUGGCAGAGGUGGGAGCUUUCUGCACUAUGGAUAUCAGACCUCGCUCAGUAUGGGCUGGAAGUGCAGGAGAGAAGGUGCUGCCGAGCUCGGAGUGAGAUGUCGGAACCAUGGGCAUUGCUCUUUUAACCGGGUGACAUGAAACCUGCUCUGGAUUCCCGUUGAUCGUAGGACUGCAAUGCUGAAAAUGCUGCAAUCUGUUUAUACAGCAAAUUGAAGCAUUUUUGUGUGUCUCUAAAAUGACACUGCGUUCCAGUGUAUUAAUUAAAUAUCAACAGCUCACAAACUGUUCCAUGUUCAAACUGAUGAAGACAGGCCAACCCGACUUAUUUAUCCUAAAGCCAGGAUUUGUUUCCCGGCUUUUGAGCUCUGAAUCGAAGCCGGGUCUGCUCCGUGCCCUCCUCAGAGUGUUGUUCCGCAGCAGGAAUUCCUUGCUGGGGCCAACACACGGUACUUGCCGUAGAGUCAAACACGUACUUUCUUCCAGCAUCAGGAGUGUAGUACAAUUCCAAUCUGGAUUUGCAGCUCCCGCUGGCAUUUCAUGGAUUCUACCGUUGACUUGAAAUGGGUCCGGAUCAAGCGAAUAACAACUGAUGAGCGUUCACAACACUUAUUCAUUUCUAUUUGCAAGUUAAACGUGUUUCCAUGUGUGUAACUCUUUCCAUUUGUUGGUCAUAUUGACUUUUUCAUCAGUUGUUGUAUUUAGUGCCUAUUAUUUUUCCACACAGAAGACAAGGAACGCUGCAAAGACAAAAAAGAGCAAUUUUGUUCGGGUCGGGAAAGAGGAAAUUUCCAUGUGUUCACGUGAGACUUUAAGAGGAGCCUGAAGGUAAAUAGUGCAGCUGCUGUUCGCUGGCUCUCCUGAUAGUUAGUGCCCUUUAUAAAUGCAAAAUCCCGCUUAGACGUUCAAGUAACUCAUUUGCCCUUUUCUACGCCCUUGUUCCCUCCAGCAGUGUGUAACCUGGAAUUGGUCUUCCAGGACGUCUUGCAGCUUGAAACUCGAAAGGACUCGAAAUUCAAAUUGCCAUUGCAACUCGGUCCACCUUGAGAUCAUUUGUGGCAAUUCCGAUGAGUUUUAAAAACAAGAAGAAUUUGGAUAAGUGUCUUACUGUCUGGCAUCACUGAUCUCAUACAGUGGAAAACGUGCAGUUUACAGGGAAGGAAUUUCUGGUACUACUGUUUAUUUAAAAUUUAAGAAGCUAAUGCAGGAUCUUGAUGCAAGACUGAUGGAAAGGGAACGUGCUCUUGGUACCAAGCUGCUCAACCUCACUGCACAUAUGUGAAAGUGUAAUUUUUAGUAACUCUUACAUUUCUGUUCAGGUUUGAAAAGAACCCAGUGAUAACUGAGUUGCUUAUCGCUGUCCGUUGUUGUGCCGCCAUGGCAGCGUUCCUAGGGCGGCGUCGCGCAGCCCGGCUGGGACGGGGCUCAACGCAGCGCCCGGCAGGCGGGGCGCGCGGGGCUGCGCCUGCGGACCAGGCUGGGACGGAGAGGGGCACGAAGGUGGGAGAGUGACUUGCACAAGGCCCCGCUGCAGAUGGCACCAACCGAGGGGCAGGGCUGAGGUUAAAAACUGGUCCCUGAAGCUUUUCUGCUGGCUUGCACACAGUGUUUGGACCUGGACUCCCAUACCCGGGCAAACGCCCCAUCUGUUGGAUCACACUGCAUCCUCAGGCUGGUUCUGAAGCUCAGCAAUAAUCACAUAAUGUUAGUAAAGGCUAAGAAAUGUGAACCCAUGAACUCCAGACACCAGUAGAUAGUCCAACCCUCUUUCAUAACUCCUACAGCUUUCUUUUAAAAAACAUUGUGUGUUUAUUGUUACCACAGGGAUCUUAAAGAUGUACAUCCGCACCUAUUGACACACGUUUCACACCCCCGCGGCCCCUCGAGCUGUGUCUGCGAGCGCCCCGAGCGCUCGGGGCUCCGGCGCGCGGCCGUCCCGCGGCAGAGCCCAGCGCCGGUCCCUGCGGGCGCCACGCGGAGAGCCGGGUCAACAGGCCGCUUUGGCACCCUUCCGCCGGACACGGACACGCAGGCGUGCUGGAGGCUCACAGCUCGCGCUCUGCCCCGGUGACAGCGUUGCUGUGCUCUCAGUCUCUGCGGCUGGUUUUGCGAACAACUUUUGCAUGACUGCUGCUUGACACUCAAUAAUAAUAUCUGUGUGUUUGCGCCCAACAUACUAGAAUAUUGUUUAGCACUAAUUCAACCUUGCAGAAAUGUUAUCCGUGUGAUGCUGCCAAGGCCAUUGUGUGGAUGUUUCUGUGUAUCUUGGCUAACCUGGCCAUGGGCUGUAGCAGUUUUAUACUUGACUUUCAGAAACCCUUCUGUUUUGACAGCGAAUCAGUUUAUCUUCUUCGUUCUGGUUCCUCAUCCUUUCCCUGUUUUACCUUUUAUUAAUUUCCCGUUCUCCUUUGCUAGACCACACUACGUGUCAGCCAAACCGCCCAUUCCUCCCCACGUUCUAGGUUACAUUAAAAUAUUCACAUGUGCACCGUUCAUGAAUGGAGGGGUUAACACCAAAUUACUGUCUUGAUCUGGGAUGUGGAAUUUUAUAUUUUCGAAUGUUAAUUUGUUCUGAGUAACAGAGACAAACCAGUGGAUCCUAAACUAGUGUUUUUGCUAUUUGAAUUUUCAGAGCUAUCAAAGUUAGGCGAGCACUCUGUUCUACCAACACUUACUUUUGUGCACUAAAAGAAUAUCGCAGUUGCAUAAGAAAGAGAAGAAAAUGACUUUUCUUUCUGUUGUGCUGCACUGUGAGGGAACACAGCUGUUCCUCCAGCCCGCGGCAGCGCCGUCCCGGCAACCAGCCACCGGGCUCCUUCCUCGGUGACGCUGGAAGCCGGCUGGCGGGGCCCAGGGUGAUGUUUCCUGCUGCUCGCUGCUCCUCGCCUUGGGAAAUGUCCUCGCUGUCACCCAGAGGAGCCGUCAGCACACACGGUCCCGGCUGCGCCCCCUCCCCCAGCCCCGGACCCACGCGGAAGCCGCCGAGCCGGUGCCCGUGGUCCCGGCAGCGCCGCACGGCGCGUUGCGCUGUCAGGCCCCUCGGGCGUCCUGAGCCGCGGGGCCUUCCCUCCGCUGUCUGGUCCACCGAUCUUGUGGCUAAUUAAAAACUCCCACACGAGCCCACGUGUCGCCUGUUGAAACAAAACGUCACUUGCCGAAGCUGCAUCGCCCUCUGCUCCACUACACAGUUCCAUCCUUUUAUCAAAUUAUAAGGGGUUGACUCGCAGAACAAGGAGCAAUAGUUCCUGGGCUGACGGCAGCUUUAAGGUCUAACGCCUCAUGUCCCGCGCCAGAAAUACACUUUCUCAUGGACAUAAUACAUUUCUUAGAUUGAAAUCCAAAGUUUGGACAUUGCAGUUUGUUAUUAAGCUGAUAUUACUCAUUUUUAGAGAUCUUGUACUGUGUAUAUUACAUUUCCUCUCUAACGUUUGUGUAUUUGAAAUCGUGCAGUGGAGAGGAUGCAAGAAACAAAGGCCUGCGUGUCAGGGGGUGUGUGUGUGCGAGGAAACGUGGGAGGUUGUCGUUAUUCCCUCUUCGAAGUCGGGGCUGGACAGAAACCAGGAAUCAUAGGAACGGAGAUUCGAUCAGAGGGAUGAGAGGUGGCAGUAAACAGAACAUCAAGAAUAUGUUUGAUCCUCCAGCGGGUACCUGGUAGAAGCUGCUCCAGAAGAUGCUGCCUGGCAGAACUCAUGUCGUAUCAGGAGCCCCUGUGGACCAGGAACAAAGGGAGUUCAGAUGGGAGUUCCAAAUCAUCAAGGAGGAAAAAGGAUGCCACACUGACAGCUCAUCAUCUCCUAACACAUGCAGAAUGAAGAAAGUCGAGAAGGCAGACUUUGAAGAACGUGAGGACAGGAAAUAAUGAGGGAUGAGCUGGUACAAAGAGAAACGGAACCAAAGAUAAGGCUCAUAGCAGCAUAAAAAGAAGUAAGGAGAAGCCAAAGAGCCAGGGAGGAUGAGAGGAAAGCAAUCCUGGCACGCUGUGUGCACACAGCCACGGAAGGCAGGGGUGGUUCACACAGAGAGUUCACAAGGCACCACGGAGCAGAAUGCCUUACCAAAGCAGAGCAAAUGGGGUCUAACCUGAGCUUCGGGCCUCCAAAGAGAGUACCCAGUGCGUACGGCAAGAGCUGAAGGGGCAGAGCUGUACUCAGAGCUCCCCGGAGGGCUGGGCUGUGUUCCCUGCCAGGACACGGGCUGUGGGACCUUCAGCGCUCGGUCCAACGACACGACCAGGUUCCUGCUGAAUUGGGCCAGGGCCUCGUCCCCGGGCUGAUGGGAAUGGCGGCGAUGCUCAAAGCCAUGGAGACUCGGCGUGAUUGUCCAAAGUCUUUCCUCCCUGAGAAGAAACAAGAAGGUUUGAGGAUGGAGGCUCUGGCUGUUUGAAACAUCUGAUUAAUGGCUGAUGGUAAUAGCACAAACGGACAAUCUUCCAGAACCUUCUGGAACUGGGGCUCGCACAAUUGGUAAGAACUUCAAAUUAAAAUUGAAAAUAAAAAGCAGGAAGGCAUUUGCCAAAGACUGGUGUAAUCAGCGUGCCUGAUUUUAACGGAGAAAUGCACCAAGGUGGCUCAUGCCAGAUUAACUCAAAACUCUUUUCUGCAUAAACAAGUUCUGACAUUGUUGAUGCAGUAGGUUUGAUCUCUGCUGAAGCUAGGCAAGUAUUUGGUGUGAUAUCAUAUUGGAAAAUAUUAUUGAAAACAGAUACAGAAGAGAUGGAUUAGCAUGCAGAAUUGCAAAAUAAAUCAGAACUUGGCUGAACGGUUGCAUUCGCAGGGAACAGCUGAACUGAAGGGAGGCUAAUAGUGGAGAUCCUCCUUAUUUUAGAACUGGUCUUUAAAGCACUCUGUGACCUGACACAAAGCCAGGGUGGGUUAAUGGUACAGUCGCAAGGCGUGAGUGUUCAAACCAGGACCAGAUUAUCAUACGGGAAAACCCUAAUGACAAUGGCGGGUGGAAUAACAGAAAUGAGAUAUAGCAAAAAGCUUUGCAUAUCGGGGAUUUAAGAGAGGCGAGCACCUGAAGACACCAAAGGCAGGGCCCUGAUGGUUCGGGUAUGAACCACCAGGAUGGUGUAGCUGUGGGAAAACAAACAAACAAGCAAAGAGGAUCUCUCGGGGAGGCAGGGAACAGCGCUGCCCUUGUGCUGAGCGGGGAGAGGGGCUCAUUCAAACUGCACAUCAUUCGGUCCGGCAGAGAAUGACCACGGGAAUUAGGAGAAAUAACUAGGAAUUUAUUACCUUUAUGAAUAUAAAACCAUGCCUAGAAAUUGGCUGUAAAUAAAUGUGGGCUGUGAAAAUUUAUUCUCAUUAAAGGGAUUUCUAAAAUAA